AUGGCUAGCUAUGUCUUUGUUGCCAUCAAAUACGGUCCUCUCUACCGUGAGCAUUGGAUUGCCGGACAAUGGAAAUCCCUGCCCCCAUACUGUGAACCUCUGGAGUCGCGUAUGACGACACACACAGAGCUGCAGCUACUCCAAGACGGUACGGAUUUGACUACCAGGCAAUCUAGCGUCAAAAAUGUGACAGAGCUUCUGCUAUGUGAAUCCCACCGCCGCGCCCUGACAUUUUUCACCACUGAUUCAAAAGAACAGCCAAUCUAUGGUUCAGGAAGUGCCCUCUCGCCCUCUUCCUCGGUUAUUUGGAGAAAUCAUUGA